UCUGCUGUGUUGUACUUGAUAUCCUUGUCGUGAAGAUUAUUUGAAGGCAGUUAUGUUUUUAAUUUGUUUUCAGCGGUUAAGAAUUUUUUUUUAUGUCAGUGGAGAAAUUGGAAAUACUGCCUGAAGGAAACCUUCAUGUGAAAAAAGUCUUUGCUCCUCAGUUUCUUCUAGAAGAAUACAGAAAAAACUUUGGGAUUUGCUUUUAACAAUGUUCCGAAGAAGUGUACAAGCUCUAAGAGAAGCAUAGCUUUUUUAUUUUAUUUGUAGUGUACUGAAUACACUUUAUAAUGUAUUCAGCAAGAAGAAUGGGUAACAAACUGGAAAACAAAAGAAAGAGCAAGAAAGAAAAAAGUCAAGAAAUGUCUGCCAAUUUAAAGUACCUUUCCUUGGGUAUCCUGGUUUUUCAGACCACAAGUUUAGUCUUGACCAUGCGUUAUUCUCGGACACUGAAAGAAGAAGGACCUCGUUACUUAUCCUCUACUGCAGUAGUUAUUGCUGAACUUCUGAAGAUUUUGGCCUGUGUUCUAUUGGUCUACAAAGACAGCAAGUGCAAUUUACGGACUCUGAACAGAGUGCUGCAUGAUGAAAUCCUUAAUAAACCCAUGGAAACUCUUAAACUUGCUAUUCCUUCAGGAAUUUACACUCUUCAGAACAACUUGCUAUAUGUAGCAUUGUCAAACCUAGAUGCAGCCACUUACCAGGUUACGUACCAACUGAAAAUUCUCACCACAGCAUUGUUUUCUGUGUCCAUGUUGAGCAAGAAAUUGGGUGUAUACCAGUGGCUGUCAUUAGUAAUAUUGAUGACAGGAGUGGCAUUUGUACAGUGGCCUUCAGACUCUCAAGCAACACCUGCUAAGGAGCAUUCAGCAGGGUCGCAGUUUGUGGGGCUGAUCGCAGUGCUCAUAGCCUGCUUUUCUAGUGGCUUUGCUGGGGUUUAUUUUGAGAAAAUUUUAAAGGAAACUAAGCAGUCUGUGUGGAUCAGAAACAUUCAGCUUGGAUUUUUUGGCAGCAUAUUUGGAUUGAUGGGCGUAUACAUUUAUGAUGGAGAACAAUUGUCAAAGAAUGGAUUUUUUCAAGGAUAUAAUAAACUCACUUGGGUGGUUGUUGUUCUACAGGCACUUGGGGGACUGGUAAUUGCUGCUGUUAUAAAAUAUGCAGACAACAUUUUAAAAGGAUUUGCAACUUCUCUCUCUAUUAUACUGUCAACACUGAUCUCCUAUUUCUGGCUGCAAGAUUUUGUCCCUACAAGUGUCUUUUUCUUCGGAGCCAUCCUUGUAAUAGCAGCUACUUUCCUAUACGGUUAUGAUCCCAAACCUGCAGGAAAUCCCAUUAAGGCAUAGCAGACUUCCUCAUCAACCUUCUCAAGAUCAUGCACUGGGGCCUUGCUAGCAAUGGCAUGUGGGAAGUGUCAUUGUGCACUGCAAGGAAAGAGUUACUGCCCUGAAUGUACUGACGAAAAGCUGAUGAGUAGCUCUGGAAACCAGAGGGUUACAGGUGGAUGAUGACACUGAUCUGUAACAGGGGGGGAAGGGGGAAAUGUCAGGGGAAUGCCCAGUGCAACUUGCUAAUAAAAACUUGAAAGGAACCAAAAGUUUCCAAGAAACUACAAUUAGGAAUGUUUACAGCUUUGACAGCGAUUGCAUCAAAAGAAUUUACUGUAUUGACUGCUGCAGAAAUAUGUCCUAUGCACUCUUUGAAAGAGCACAUGACAACGUUGUCAGAUUGUAUGUUUUUGCGAUUUGAUUAUAUUUAAUCUUAGUAAAUGUUUUUAACUGUUUGUCUAUUUACAUGUAAUGAGCUGAACAUUGUAGUUCUAAAGUGAUGGUUCUGAUUAGGUAUUCCUUGUUAUAACUGUGAAAAUUGAAGUAUGAUUGAAAGACACUUUCACAAUAUCAAAUAUUUUUAUAUUUUUAGAAAGCUGAUUUAAUAACAGAAAUCUGUUAUUAAAUGAUAAUAUUAUAAUUCUGUUGCUUAUAUAAAAGUAUUGUAAGAAUGUUAACAUUCUCACCGAAGUACACAAAGGGAGAAAUUCAGAGUGAAAGCUGGAAAUCCAUGUUGAUACUCCAGCCUUCAUCAGCCUGUAGUGUUCCAACAGAUGGAAUAACUGGGAACACCAGCUGGAGGUCGCCGCACUAACCUGGGAGUAAGAUUAGGGUUAUGAUAGGUGCUUGCUCAGAUGUAAUGUUCAUUCUUGUUAUUUUUAUUGAUUAUAAAUCAACUUUUUGGUAGAACCUUAAAAGUAGUUUUUAUGUUUUAAAUACCGUCUGAAGAUUUUCUUUAAACCAAAAUUUAAAAAAAAAAAAGCCCAUAAUAAACAUUUUAAAGGCAUUAUUGUUGUCUGUAACAGCUCCAUCUAGAGCUAUUAAGGUAUGGUAUCUGUAUACUGUACUGUCCUUUGUUACAGAGGAAUUUUUUAAAGAAGUGUUGUUUACUCGUGAACUCUCCAGUGCUUUUUCUGUGCAUUUCUAUGUAAUGGCUUACUUAGAGUUUUGGUGGAGUUUUUUUAAUUAUUAUUUUAUUCUGGGAGUCCUUGAGCCAACAAACCAAAAUGGUUUCUCUGGAGCUAUUCAGUCUAAUAGUGGAAUUACUUUAAUAGGAAACAUAAUUAAAAAGUAAUUAAUUGUGCAAUGGCUAAAUAUGAAAGCAUACUGUUGGUCUGUUUAAAAAAAAAAACAAAACUUCACAAAGAGACCUUGAUGCAGUUAGAUCAAUUAGACUAUUAUGAACACUUCACUUGAAGUAUUUGCAUUUAGUCAGAAACACCAAAAAAAAUCUGGAACUAAUAAGCUGUCUUAAAAAUCACUGGUUUUCAGGAGACUAUUCACAGUGGAUACUAAUGUAGUGACUCUUACCCACAUGUUACACCUGUGGUGGUAUGCAUUUAUACAAAAACUUAUCAGGAGUCCCUUACCAGUAAAAUGGCAAGUGGUAAAAACAUCUUACUUCCCUUGUUUCCCCCCACCUCAUGCUCUCUCUUCUGUCUUGUGCUAAAGAAAACGUGUUAAAGAGAAAAGCGUUUUAGAAUGUUUACUAAAGUACCUCAUCCAAUUCACAAGGAGAUUCUGGAGGAGUGUUCUGAGAUUUCUUAAUGAAGUGUUGUAAAUGCGAAAGGAAGAAUUCUACUUAUGUCAGUCAAGUAAAAACAGUGUUUUUCUUCUGUUGGCAAUUAGGUGUGUUAUCAUGGUUUUGUUUGUUUAUCGUAUCAGAGCAAGACAUAAAUAACCGUCAGAGUUAUGCCAAGGGCUUGCUAAGCUUUGUGAACAGUGAAUCUGUCCCAGCAUGUUGUCAUUGCAGGAGCUUUGUGACUUAGCAGUCAAACUGAUCUUGUAGUACCCUACAUUGGCAUCCUGUGUUAGUAUUAAAUCUUCUGCCUAUAGCAUUCAAUGUGGCAAAAUCUGUGAAAAAUUCCAUGUGGUGAUUUCUGCACUGCAGUGCACAGGAGGCGAGAUGCGUGCGUGGAACAGCGGCUCACAGCGGUGCUUGGGGCCGAGUGGGAAGUGUUUGUAGUCAUAUCUGAUUUGGAGUUUGGCCUACACAGUGAUACUUUUAAUUUCAUGAAUCGCAGUACUGAAAGUGUUCAGGUGAUACAGUUGAUACUUCAGUUGAUACUACAGUUGAUACAGGUGAUACUUCCUUGAGGAACAUCUCCAAAAAAACACAAGUAGCAGGUUGAGAACACUUUAAAGCCAGUUGUACAGGAACCAAACAGGCCAAAUAAUCACCAUGUUGCUGGAGCUCUAUUAUAUGUAAACCCAGUUUUAAUAUUUCAGGUGCACCUGUCAAUACUUGUCAGUAAGGACCAGUUUAUAGGAAAGAAUGGGAAUAUGUGCUCUUUGCUUUGGAAUAGGAUGUCAUGCAGCUUUGGAAGACAAUGCUGUACUAAGGAACAGUAAAUCCUGUCAGUAGAUCAGUGACUCUUCCAUGCUUGCAGCUGACAGUCCUAUUAAGUAGAGGGACAGAUCUCUUCAUACACUUGUUGCUGUAAAGGAAAAAUGAAUUUGCAUUUUUAACUGUGUUUCCUUAGCCUUUGACAGGGUGAGAACAAAAAGGAUUUGAGGAGGGUUUACUGAUUUCUGUAGCCUUUGCAAACUGAGAGCAUAUGCACAUUUUCUCACUAAGAUACUUUUGUAUUUGUUUUUUUUUUUUUAAAGCAGUUUUAAGUCUAUAACUCAUUAACUAACCAAAGAGGCAUAGCUAGGACAGAGCAUUGGGAAGUAGUGGAUGGUGUGCUUUGAGUUUGCCCUAAAAGCAAUCUGUAGGAGUCUAAGUUUCCAAAAAUAAACUUGACUUUCUGAACUACUUUUCUGACUUUUAGAUAAUGGUUUUGUUUAGUUGUAUAUUUAGCAGGCUAACCUAUACUUGGCAGAAUUUUAUUUAAAUAUUUAAAAAGUUGUAGCUAGGUAUUUAUUUGCAAUAACUUGAAUUAUGUGAUUUUUUUUUUUAAGACUUGCAGAAUGGGAGUACUAGUAUUUAUUGAAUAUUUGGAUAUUUGGUAGUUUUAUUUGAGUAUCUCUGGGAUACAUGAUAAAUUGUCAAAUAACAAUAAAUUUAGAACUGUCUUCAAAGCAAAAUAAAUCAGUUCUGUAGUGAAAAACUUGAGUCUAAUAAAGUAAAAUAAACUUUUUACAUUGUAUUUCUAUGCUGUCCACAAGUGCCCCAUAAUCUUUUUUCUCAAAGAAUGGAGAUAAAAGUUCUAUUCAACUUCAUUGUUUUAGACAAACCAUGAGAAAACCUCCUUUUUUGUUUGCUUUAAUAAAGGGUAGAUUAAUGUUCUAGAUUUUGCUUCUACAAGAUAACACCUUUGGUUUUUACUGCAACUUUGUAGUAACUAUUGUUUUAUUUCCCCUCCCCCAAAAAAUCUCAUUUUCAUAGCCUGUGCUUGCAUUUCAUUUACUCAUACAGUCCUCUCACUUUUAGUAGUACAUAAUUGUUUUGUGUUCCUAACUUAUUUCUAUGUCUGUAAUUCAAGAUACUGUCAUAGAUUCUGUUGAAUUGUUUUUAAAUUGAUAAAGGAAAUAUUGCCUUUCUUCUGGUUUUCAUUGUCAGUAACUUUCAUAUUUUGAUAUCUGUCCUAGUCAGCUGUGCAUGUUGUGUUGUAUUUAAGCAAUUGUCAUUUUCCAGAUUUGAACUUGUUGCUCGUUUUCUUCUUGCUGGAUAUUGUGUUGAGGAGGAUUAUUCAUUGUUUUCUUAUCUGAAAUCUAUGUUUUGUAAGAAUGAGAUAUUUGUGUAUUAGAAGGUAAUGUUUGUCUGUAACAUGGUAUUAUACCAUAUAUAUGGUAAUGUAUCAUUACCUAAGGUGGUAUAUUACUGUAAGAGAGUCCAAGAAGUGUUUCCUUGCCUUUACUUUAAUAGUUCUGUUCAUUUUCAAUGCUGAUUAUUUCCCAGAGGAAGUGACUAGAGAGUUCUGCUCUUUCCAGGUAAGCUCAUCAUAUGUUUUUAAAUACCUAGAAUUAAGACAUUUUUACUCAAAAAAAAAAAAAAAAAAAAAAGGCAGGGGAAAAUGCAACAAAAUAUAUGCAAUUAGUUAUAUUGUAUCUUCUGCUUCAGUUACUGUCCAAAUUUCUGUUCAGUUGAAUGUUAAUUUUUUCUAAUUAUUUCUCGGUAGCUGAAUUAUAACUCUUUCUAGAAGAAAACAGAAUCUGUCCUGAGGUGCCAUUCAGUGCUUGUUCUUGAAUGUCUGCUACAUUUUUGCAUCCGAGAGCAGACAUGACAAACUAACUCUUUAACCUUCCAUCGUCAUUCUGGCUAUAAUUAGUUGUAUUCAUUUCAUCAGCAAUUUAUAGCUCAGUAAGAAUUGCUCAUGCUAAGCACAUGUUUGUAUUUGCUGCCAUGAGUAUCACUUUUUUAGAUUUUUUAAACUUUGUUCUUUAUUGUAAAUAUAUGAGCCCAAAUAUAGAUCAUAUAUUCAAAUGUUGUAGUGAAGUUUUUAAAGUAGUCUUAGGUUUUUAUAUGUUGAUGUUGAUAUUUAUGUGUGAUUACACUGAAUACAGUUCUAAUAUAUGGUGUUUCCAGACAAGUUGGAAACUUUUUUUUUUUUUUUUGGUAUAACACUGCUGAACCAUGGAAUGCAUCUUACAUGACCUAACACAGUCUUUUUUUAAAUCCAUAUUGAGGUAAAAUACUGUAUUUUUUUCUUUUAUAUGUGUAGAUAAUGCCACUAUAGUAAUAAACUAGUUAAAAUUAAGCACUGCCUUUAUUAGGAAUAUGAUAAAAAACUGUUUGAGAGCAUUGUAAAAGGAGAGGUUUGCCUUAUGCGUGUUUUAGCAGAAAUAAAACAAUGUUUUA